AUGGCCAAUUUGUUGCUUAUAGCGAUGGCGAGUAGCUUACUCAUCAUCUACUACAUUAUUCAACAGAUGUUCUUAAGACGUCGUAACUACCCGCCUGGACCGAGACCGUUACCUUUAAUCGGCAAUUUUCAUCAGAUAGAUCUCGCAUAUCCACAUCGCACAAUGAUGAAAUGGAAACAACAAUACGGUAACAUAUUCACCGUAUGGCUUCCAAAACCAAUAAUUGUACUCGCUGAUUUCAGCGUUUUCAAAGAAGCCCUAAUCAACCAAGGUGAUACAUUUGCGGGUCGUCCAAUGACAUAUUUGUACGGGAUAUUCACACAUCACUGCAAGGAUGGUGAUGGCAUAACGUUGAGUCAGAAUGAAAAAUGGCUUAAUCAGAGACGUUUCGCGUUGAGAGUAUUCCGUGAUUUUGGUAUGGGCAAAAAGGCGAUGGAGACCAAAAUUGACCAUCAUACUGAUCAACUUAUCGAUCAUAUUCGU